CCGCUCGGGAAAAGGUGAAGCAGAGAGAGAGACAGAGAAGGGGAGUGAAGAGAGAUCACACAGGGAGUGAGAAUUUCUGGUUUAGGGGCGGAGGGAGGACCGAUUGAGGUACUGUAUUUUUUUAACAAUUUCUGGUUUGGAAUUUCGAUGGAAAUGUGUAUUUUAAUAUCGCGCCAUGUCUGUGCAGUUGUAUAGAGAUUUGGGUUAUUCAAUAGUUUUGGGCUGUAAACAUCUUUAGAGGUGUGCCUCUGUUCUUUCUUUACCAUUUCUUCCCCGAGACCCAGUCUAUAUCAGACUCAUCAGUCUUCCGAAAUCUCGAUAAUAACUCUAACCGAUCUUUGUCAUGUUGUAGAGGAAGCAUCGUGGCCAUAGAUUUAGGGGUUGAAGAGAGAGGGGUUUUAGCUUUGAGGGAAGAGAGCAGGGGACUGAGGAGGGAUUUAUGUCGGCUGAGUCUUUGGAAGUGAUUGGGGCUCUGUUGCAGCUCUGGAUUUCUUCUGCUUUCUCUGUGUUCUUCGCUUGCUGCAUGCUCCUCUGCUGUUCCCAGCAGAGAUCCAAGGGUUACCCGCCUGCUUCGAUGCGUUUGAGGCCAAGAAGGACUUGUUCUGGAGUAGUGUGCUUUGGGAGCUUUCACAUAGGACGAUUUUUCUAUCUUUUCUUGUUCUUGAGAGGGGCUCAUACUUAAUACUAUUGUAAUCUCUUGAGUGAUUCUCUUCAUUUUCCCCUAUAAUUUAUAGUUACAUCGUCCUUUUUCAAAAUAAUUUCUUCUGGGCAUUUGAGGGGUUCUGCAAGGGUUUUACCAGCCUCAGAAAAAUGGCCGAACCUAGAAGACAACCAUUCAAUCGCGAUAAGCUCUGCAAGAAAGCAAAGAACAGAGCUGUUGACUCCAAACUCAUGAGGAAAAUCCGCAUCAUCUGUUACGAUCCUGACGCUACGGACUCAUCAUCGAGCGAAGACGAAGGGAGAAAUCCUAACAGACGCGGGAGGAAGCGUAUUGUUCAAGAAAUCAACAUCCCCCAUGUUGGUUCCUAUAAACCCUCUGUUCUCGAGACAGAGAGCUCUUGCCAGGACAGCAACAAUGGAUGCAAAAACCCUAACAAGAAGAGAAGGGUUUUGAGAAAAACCCCAUCAAGGCCAUCAUCGUCCAAGUAUAGAGGCGUUCGACAGAGAAAAUGGGGCAAAUGGGCUGCCGAAAUUCGAGACCCGGUGAAGGGAGCUCGUGUCUGGCUGGGCACGUACGAUACAGCCGAAGAAGCUGCUCAGGCCUACGAGGUGAAGAGAUUGGAGUUCGAAUCCCCGACUCCUGAAAAAAUGAACAAUCUGUCGUCAACCGCAGCGGUGUCUGAUGACUCGGAGAGCUUACUGUCACACACCUCUCCUUCCUCAGUCCUGGAAUUAGAGACUUCAGCUUCUGCUUCGCAGGUCAACGACCGUGGAUAUAAAGAAGAAGAAAUCAAAGUUGCAGAGCAGCAGCUGCCUGAGCUAGAAGAGCCAUUGGACAUUGGGAAGGAGCUAGACUUAGGUAUGGAGUUCGAUUCGCUCUUCAUCGACGAGUUCGAGCAGCUGGUGGAUGAUUUCAGCGGCUUUGAUGAUCUCAGGCUCUGCGGGCUCGAAGGCGAACUGGCCAGCGAUCUUCCCGACUUCGAUUUCGACAUCGGAAAUGAGGAGUUUGCUUGCUGGAUGGAUGAACCCCUCAAUAUAGCAUGCCCAUAAGUUUUGCAGCUAGGAAUUAGUAGUAAUAUUUUGAGUUCAUUUACAAAUUUUACAAGGAAAAAAGGAAAAAUCUCAUGGACUGGAAGAUGAGUUCCUGAGAAAAGAGUGGUUUUGCUUGGUUGCUUGUGAUUUAGUUUCUAUUUAUUUUUGUAAUGGUGAGAAGAGGAGAGGGAGGGAUGAGCUUUGUAGGGCAGGGUGCUCUUUGGGUUUUUCCGGUGCUGUUAGAGCCGUCCAAAGGGUUCUGAACUGUCCCAGAUACAGAGUGCGAAGGAUUUCUGUUAUUGAUGUUUUGGAUGGGAGUUUGUGCUCAUUUCCUCCCCAUCAGUGAUUUGCAUCUGCUGAUGAUGUGUUUUUGAUCGAGGCAUUUCAUUUCUUGAUAUGCAGAUUUGAGAUAUUAUUGGAGCUUAAAUUGCUAUAUUUUUCAGUGAAUUCUACUGAAUUUGUUAAUGAUCUUUGUCUGUAUUUCUGCGAAAUGCCACUGGGUCAAUCCAUUUUAAUGAGAUUUUAUGAUUGGGCAUUGAAAUUUUUCCAA